CCUUAAAUGUGCAGACAAACUGUGAACAGGUGUAACAAACCUGUCUGACAGGAGACUUAGGACAGAGCAACAGAAACAUCAUCAGGUGGUUCUUCAUUUACAUAGUGACGAGUGUUUUAUUGAUCCUCUAUAGCAGGAAUGAGGACAAGAGAUGCUAUUCGUUUGAUCCUGGUUCUUGCUUCAGUCCUCCUGAUGUGGCUCAUUGCAAAUAUGCCAAUAAAUAUUCAGCUGAAAAUCAAGGACACAAAGGACAUUUUAGGGCUUCUUAAACCAACACCUGCACAUGCAGUGGUCACACCAGCUAAUAAAUGUGGACUGUCAAAGGAGUGUCCUGCCGAUCACUUUCCCUUCCGUAUUAAAAGUGGGGCAGCAAAUGUUAUUGGACCAAAAAUAUGCUUUGAUGGCAAAAUUGUUAUGAGUAAUGCAUUAAAUAAUGUUGGAUCGGGACUGAACAUUUUGCUUGUAAAUGGGCAGACUGGGGAAAUAAUUAAGGCUGAAUCCUUUAACAUGUAUGCUGGAGAUGUCAAAGGACUACUGGAAUUCCUUAAAGCAAUAAAGCCUGGGACAAUUAUUAUAGUGGCUUCAUAUGAUGAACCAGCAACAAACAUGAAUGAUGAGAUCAGAGAAAUAUUUACCAGGUUUGGAAGUAGCAUGAUAAAAUCAGUGCAAUAUCGAGAUAACUGGCUUUUCAUAGGAGCUGAAGGAAUUGAAGAGAAGAGUCCAUUUGAAAAGCAUUUGAAAAAUGCCCAGGAUACAAACAUCUAUGAUGGCUGGCCUGAGAUGAUUGAAAUGGAUGGAUGUUUUCCUAAGAAGAUAUAACAGAUGUACAGUGGGGCUCAAACUGACAGCAUGAAUCACGUUAAGUUAAAUAUUGCAAAGAAAAAUUUUGUUUGUGAUCCAUUUCUUAUAUUCUUUAGCAUGCAUUUUGUAAGUUCCAUUUUGUCAAACUUAUCUCUCUAUGUCAAUGCAUUACUUUUCAAAUGAAAAAUGUGUUAAAAGCUGUUAAAAAAGGUCAACAGUACAGACACUCAAACACUUGGGGUGAACUCUGUUCCCCACCAUUAAUAAAUCAGAACUUGGAAGUUCAGUCAUUAAGCACAGGAUUGGUGCUGUGUUUAAUAUGUUAUUGACUUUGAAUCUUUGGUUUUGUCUUUUUUACAUCGAAAUGUUGUUGAGGUCUAAUUACACAUUAUAUGUAAUGUAAAAUUCAAGUUUAUUUAUAUAAUUGAGGUGUUGUGCUGUGUUAGUAUUUUUGCUGCACAAAUGAGACUGACUUGUCUCUCAUUUUCUACUGAAGGUUUUUGUCUGAAUAAUAAAAUUAAGAGAGUUCUCAA